AUGGCCCCCAAGCAGCACCGGCGGCUGUUGGUGCCCUGGAUCUACGAUAUCGGAUGCUUCAUCUUCACCCUUUGCCUGGACAUCUUCUUCCGCGAGGUCUACCCGCGAAAUGCCUGGCGUGUUCCCGCGCGCGGGCCCGUCAUCAUCAUCGCCGCGCCCCACGCCAACCAGUUCGUCGACUCGGCCCUGCUGAUGCGCAUCCUCAAGCACCAUGCCGGCCGUCGUGUUUCCUUCCUCAUCGCUGACAAGUCGAUGCGAGAGCCGUACAUUGGAGCCCUCGCCAGUCGCAUGGGCGCCCUGCCCGUCGUAAGGGCCAUGGACCACAUCAAGCCGGGCCCCGGCAAGAUCUACUUGCCCGAUCCGGAAGGAGACCCGACCCUGGUGCGCGGCCAGGACGUAGACUUCACCUCGUCCCAAUUCAUGGUCGGCGGCAGCAUCAUCCUACCCAAGGUCGGCGGCGAGAGUCCGGAGCAGCAGUCCAUCGCCGAGAUCCUCUCCGCCGAUACGCUGCGCCUGCGGGCCCCGUUCAAGGCCUUCGAACCUGACCACCCGCUUCACAAGGCCCUGCGCCGCCGCGGCGAGGCCGAGGCCGAGGAGGGUGGCACCGCGUACAAGGUGUCACCGCACAUUGACCAGCACCAAAUGUUCGAUGCCGUCUACAGCGAGCUCGUCGCCGGCGGCUGCAUUGGCAUCUUCCCUGAAGGCGGCUCGCACGACCGGCCCUCGCUCCUCCCCUUGAAAGCCGGCGCCGCCAUCAUCGCCCUCGGCACCCUCGCCCGCGACCCAGGCUGUGGCCUCACGAUCCUCCCCUGCGGCAUGAACUACUUCCACCCCAACAAGUUCCGCUCCCGCGCCGUCGUCGAGUUCGGCGGCCCCAUCCGCGUGCACCCAGACCAAAUCGCCGCCUUCGCCUCGGGCGGUGACGCCAAGCGCACGGCGGUCAGCUCCCUGCUGGCCACCAUCGAGGCCUCCCUGGCAGCCGUGACCCAGCAAGCGCCCGACCACGAGACCCUGAUGCUCGUGCAAGCAACACGCCGCCUCUACAAGCCCCUCCGCGCCAAGCUCCCCCUCUCCACCACCGUCGAGCUCAACCGCCGCCUGCUCGAGGGCUACGCGCGCUUCCGCGACGCGCCCCUCGUCCAACACCUCACGCGCUCCGUCGCCGCCUACAACCGGCAGCUGCGCGCCCUCGGCGUCAAGGACCACCAGGUCGAAUGGGGCGACGUCGGGCGGCGGCCCUGGCUGUACGUCCUCGCGACGCUGCUCCAGCGCGUCGCGUUCGUGCUCGCCCUCGUCGCCGGCACGCUGCCGUCGCUCGCCCUCUUCUGGCCCGUCUUCGUCACCACCAAGGUCAUCUCCGUCAAGAAGCAGCGCAAGGCCCUCGCCAACUCGUCCGUCAAGCUCGAGGCCCGCGACGUGGUCGGCACGUGGAAGAUGCUCGUCGCCCUCGGCCUCGCCCCCGCCCUGUACGUGUGGUACACGGCCGUCGUGUCCGUCUGGCUCGUCCUGUGCCGGACCGACGCCGAGGUGUGCGCCGCGCGCGCGCCGCCCUGGGCCCGCGCCACGACGUGGGUGCCCGCUUGGCUGCCGCUCAAGGUGUUUGUCCCGGCCUUUUUCGCGCUGAUGGUCGCGGUGACGUUUGCGGGGCUGCGCAUCGGCGAGGUGGGCAUGGAUGUCGUCAAGAGCCUGCCGCCGCUGCUGGUGGCGCUGAAUCCGUGGAGCAAGGGCGCGUUGGUGAGGUUGAGGGAGAGGAGGAGGAAGGUCGCGAAGGAGGUUUUGGAUGUGGUGGAGAGGUUCGGGCCUGAGGUUUUUGAGGAUUUCGAGGAGCAGAGGCUGUUGUUGGUGAGGAAGGAGGAGGAUGGGGACGUGGAGGAUGGAGAGGAGGGGGGGAUCAGAUACGAUGAUGAGACGGUGGAGUCGGAGAUGAAGAAGGAUGUGUGA